AUGUCUCUGGGUAGCUCCCCAGUGUUGGGGGUGCGCCCUGUGCCCCGACCCCUCUGGCUGUCCCACAUGGUCCCCUUGGUCAUAUGCGUGACUCUACUCCAAAAAGAGAUCACGCUGGAAGGAGAUCUGAUGAUCGGCGGUCUCUUCCCCGUGCACCAGAAAGGUGAGGCUGCCGAGGACUGCGGGAAGAUCAACGCUCAGCGAGGAAUCCAGCGACUGGAAGCCAUGCUGCUCGCUCUCGAUGAAAUCAACAGGGACGAGCGCAUCUUGCCCGGGAUUCAUUUAGGAGCUCAUAUAUUGGACACGUGCUCCAAGGACACGUACGCUCUGGAGCAGUCGCUGGAGUUUGUCAGGGCUUCACUCACCAAAGUGGACGACAGUGAGUACACGUGCCCCGACGGAUCCUACGCCAUCCAUGAUGAAGUCCCGUUGGCCAUCUCUGGAGUUAUAGGAGGAUCGUACAGCGACGUUUCCAUUCAGGUGGCCAACUUGCUACGCCUCUUUCAGAUCCCUCAGAUCAGUUAUGCCUCCACCAGUGCCAAACUCAGCGACAAGACUCGCUACGACUACUUCGCCCGUACCGUGCCCCCAGAUUUCUUCCAGGCUAAGGCGAUAGCCGAAAUCCUCCGUUACUUUAACUGGACGUACGUAUCGACGGUGGCGUCGGAAGGCGAUUACGGCGAGACGGGUAUCGACGCCUUUCAACAGGAGGCUCGAGCCCACCACAUCUGCAUCGCCACGUCGGCCAAGGUGAGCCGUUCCAUGAGCCGCUGGAGCUACGAGAACGUGAUCCGCUCCCUGCAGCAGAAGUCCAACGCCAAGGUGGUCAUCAUGUUUACGCGCAGCGAAGACGCCCGUGAGCUCCUGGUGGCGGCCAACCGCAUGAACGUCACCUUCACCUGGGUGGCCAGCGAUGGAUGGGGGGCACAGGAGAGUGUGGUGAGGGGCAGCGAAGCCGUUGCGGACGGCGCGUUCACCAUCGAGCUGGCCUCCUAUCAGAUCCCGCAGUUUAAUGACUACUUCACGGCUCUCCAUCCGUCUCAUUUGCACAAAAGCUAGCAAACAGAGAACUCUUGA